AUGCCGGUGCUCAUGGCUCCACACAUCGCUUUGAUGCUCUUGCCCAUUGCACGCGCUGUUGUACCGGCCUCAUCCUUCAUCGAGGAUAUCCAAUUCACCGACAAGGUCUACAGCUACAUGUGGGCACUGGUCCUAGGGAAUGCCGGAUUGAUGCUGGCAUGGACUACCGCAACAGCGUAUGCCUAUGGUGGUUUUGUGGGAAUCCAAAGUGCUCUGCUAGAACACCCAGCAGUGAGCAGCGUGGGAUUCGAUGUCAUCUUCUGCUGGAUCACAUGGGCCUGUUGGUACUGGACGCAACCAAAACCUGCUUAUGAGGGUGUAUCGCGGGACUCGGCCGAGAGGAGGAGCGCACAUGCUGACGACGAGCCGGCCACUGCGCUGGGUGCCAGUGGAUAUGAUGGCGGAGCAAGACAUCGCUAG